AUGCAAAUCUUUGUCAAGACACUCACAGGAAAGACCAUUACAUUAGAAGUCGAGUCUUCAGACACUAUUGAUAAUGUCAAGCAAAAGAUUCAAGACAAGGAAGGUAUUCCUCCAGAUCAACAACGUCUUAUUUUCGCCGGUAAACAAUUAGAAGAUGGCCGCUCUUUAUCUGAUUAUAAUAUCCAAAAGGAAUCAACUCUUCAUCUGGUGCUUAGAUUGAGAGGUGGUAUGCAAAUCUUUGUCAAGACACUUACUGGAAAGACUAUCACCUUAGAAGUUGAAUCAUCCGAUAGUAUUGAUAACGUAAAGCAAAAGAUUCAAGAUAAAGAAGGUAUUCCUCCAGAUCAACAACGUCUUAUUUUCGCUGGUAAACAAUUGGAAGACGGUCGCUCUUUGUCAGACUACAAUAUCCAAAAGGAGUCUACAUUACAUUUAGUAUUACGUCUUCGUGGUGGAGGUGUGAUGUCAGCUGAUUCAACAACAACAACAACUGAUGAUCAUCAAAAUAAGGAACAACAAAAGCCAAAAAAGAAGAGCAAAUGCGCAUUUAGAAGCUGUUCUGAUAAAAUUGUAAAAAUCAUUGGUGAUUGUAGAUAUUGUCAACAUAAAUUCUGCGCUCGUCAUCGUUUACCUGAAGCUCAUGCCUGUGAAAACUUGAUGUCAUGUAGACAAGCUGCUCAUGAAAGAAAUAGUAUAAAGCUUUUAAGUGAACGAUGUGUUGCAAGUAAAGUCUAAAAUAGAUGUUCUCUUCUCCCCCUUUAUUUUUUUUCUUUCUCAUUAUUAAUUAAAAUAAAAUAAUAUAUUCCCCUUC